AAACCCUGUUCUAUAAUCAGCCUAUCUCGUCAUAUCGAAAGUGAAACUGUGAGGUACAGAGGACAUUUUGGACAAAGGACGUUCAGCUGCCUCACGUCAGGACAGAUUCUGGAAACAAGAAGAAAAGCGUUUUUCUGACGUCAAACUGCAGAAAUGAGGAAAAAGAGGAAGUUGAGUGAAAGCGCUGAGGCCUCCAGCUCUGAGUCUUCAAUCAGUUCACAGACGACAACAGAUGGGUCCCAGGGUCCCAGUGGAGUCUCCUGGAAGAGUGAUGCAUCCAUGCACGUACCACCUAACAUAGGAGAUGAGAGUCCUGAACGUUCACAGACGACAACAGAUGGGUCCCAGGUUCCCAGUGGAGUCUCCUGGAAGAGUGAUAGAUCCAUGCACGUACCACCUAACAUAGGAGAUGAGAGUCCUAAACGUUCACACACGACAACCGAUGGGUCCCAGGGUCCCAGUGGAGUCUCCUGGAAGAGUGAUGCAUCCAUGCACGUACCACCUAACAUAGGAGAUGAGAGUCCUGAACGUUCACACACGACAACAGAUGGGUCCCAGGGUCCCGGUGGAGUCUCCUGGAAGAGUGAUGCAUCCAUGCACGUACCACCUAACAUAGGAGAUGAGAGUCCUGAACGUUCACAGACGACAACAGAUGGGUCCCAGGUUCCCAGUGGAGUCUCCUGGAAGAGUGAUACAUCCAUGCACGUACCACCUAACAUAGGAGAUGAGAGUCCUGAACGCCAGAUGACUGGGGAACCACCCAGCCGGUCAUGCAAACAGUGUCUCACGUCAGACUGGGAUGAGUCGGACUCCCCCUGUCCGACGUGUGGAACGAAACGCCAAAAACUAUCUCAAAACCAUAGAGAUGAUACCGGGGUCCACCAUCUCUUGAAAGCAAAACAUGUUUUUAAAGAAGAAAUGCGAAAAAAAUUUACCUUCACAUCUGAAGGUACUGGUGACGGUCGGGUUUCUUUGGACAACAUCUACACAGAACUCUACAUCACCGCUGGAGAGAGCGGAGGGCAACAAGCAGAGCAUGAGUUCAGUCAGCUGGAACGUAAAUUGAAAAUGCCUUCAUUGUCGAAACAUACAGUGAACCUCAAGGAUAUAUUCAGACCUUCGUCUGGCCAAGAGAAAACCCAAAGAAUAGUCCUGACGAACGGCAUUCCAGGGAUCGGAAAGACUUUUUCUGUGCAGAAAUUCAUCUACGACUGGGCCAAGGGAGAUACAAACACAGACAUUGAUUUUGUUUUCUAUUUUGCUUUCCGAGAGCUGAAUUUGAGUACAGGUGAGAAAAGCUUGCACAAGCUCCUGACCGACUUCCACCCUGUUCUCUGUGAUUUGGAAAGUCCAGAGCUUUAUGCCAAAACCAAGGUUGUAGUGAUCCUGGACGGCCUGGAUGAAAGCAGACUCAAACUGGACUUUGAGAACAUUGAGAGGCAAACAUCUCUGAGUGAAGAAACAUCUCUGGGUAAUCUCCUAGUAAACCUGAUCCAGGGUAACCUUCUCCCGGAUGCUAAAGUCUGGAUAACUUCUCGUCCAGCAGCAGCCAGUCAGAUCCCAGCAGAGUAUGUCGACAUGGUGACAGAGAUAAGAGGGUUCUAUGAUAAACAAAAAACUGAAUAUUUCAUGCGGAGAUUUAGUCAUGACUUGGAUCUUGCUGAGAGGAUCACUUCACAUAUCCAUUCUUCACAACAUCUCCACAUUAUGUGCAAGAUACCAAUCUUCUGCUGGAUUUCUGCCAUAUUAUUCCAGGAAGUUUUUGCUGAAGACAGGAAAGCUGAAAUUCCUCAAACUCUGACAGAGAUGAUGGCACAUUACCUGUUUACUCUGACAAAACGUAGAAACAGAAAAAUGUACAAGAAGCCUCAGGAAAACUUUCUGAUAACACAGAGAGAAUUUCUUUUGAAACUUGGCAAGCUUGCGUUUGAUCAUCUGCAGAAGAACAGCCUCAUUUUCUACGAGGAAGACCUGGAAGCCUAUGGCAUUGACAUAAAAGAAGCAUCUAUCCACUCUGGAUUUUGCACCACAGUUCUUAGGGAGGAAGAUGUCUUUUCCCACAGAAAGGUUUUCUUCUUUGUUCAUCUGACCAUUCAGGAGUUCUUUGCAGCUCUCUACGUUUAUGACUGUUUCAUGAACAAGAAAACGACAGAGCUCAACGACUUCCUGAAACUGAAGGACAAAGAACCAACUUUACUUGAGCUUCUGAAAGUCACAGUUGAGAUAGUGUUGGAGAAGAAGAAUGACCACCUGGUCUACUUCUUACGAUUCCUCCUGGGCCUCCUGGUUGAAUCUAAUGGGAGAGUCCUUCAGGGUCUCAUAACAUGGCCGGACCCAAGCCAAGAUACCGAUAAGAAAAUAUUAACUUACCUGAAAUCCCUCCGGAGAAAGACCAUCUCUCCAGAAGGUAGCAUCAACCUCUUCAGGGCCAUGAUUGAAAUGAGAGACCAGAAAGUCAAAGAAGAGAUUGAGGAAUAUUUGAAGAUAGAAGAUGGUUCAAAACCAGAGCUGACUCCCCUGCACUGCUCGGCACUGGCCUACAUGCUGCAGAUAUCGAAGAAUGAUCUGGAUUUGUUGGACUUGAAGAGUUACAACACAUCCAAUGAGGGCAGAAAGAGGCUGAUACCAGCAGUGAGGAGCAGCAAAAAGGCCAUACUCGCAUCCUGCAAAUUGACGACAGAGUUGGUUGAACGUGUGGGCUUUGGUCUCACGUUUCCCUGGUCACCUCUGAGAGAUCUGGACCUGAGCAACAAUGACCUGCAAGAUUCAGGAGUAGAGCUGCUCUGUGCUGGUCUGAGGAGUCAGAACUGCAAACUGAAAACACUGAGAUUGUCAGGUUGUCUGGUGACAAAGACUGGAUGUGAGUUUCUGGCCUUGGCUCUAGAGUCCAACCCCUCCCAUCUGAAAGAGCUGGACCUGAGCUACAAUGAUCCAGGAGAGUCAGGAAUCAACCUUCUCUCUGAGCUGAAACAAGAUUCAAAAUACAACCUCAGCAUUCUCAUUGCUGAUCAUUGUGGAAGUCACCGGAUGAUACCAGGAUUCAAGAAAUAUGCCUGCGAGCUCACGUUGGACCCCAACACAGCUCAUAAGAACCUCUGCCUGUCUGAAGAGAACAGGAAGGUGACCUGGGGGGAAGAGAAGCAGUCAUAUCGCCGUCACCCAGAGAGGUUUGAUCAGUGCCCACAAGUGCUGUGUGAGCAGAGUCUGGAUGGGUGCUGCUACUGGGAGGUUGAAGUGACGGAGCCCUUCAACAUUGGGGUAACAUACAAACCCACUCGCAGGAGCGGGGAUGUGGACGAUUGCAAACUGGGAUGCAACGACAAGUCUUGGAGUCUGAUUGGCUCCGAUGAGGGUUGUUACACUCUGCACUGCAGCCAGAGAGUCAAUGUAUCCUCCCUCUGCCGGCGCUCCAGUCGGGUGGGAGUGUAUCUGGAUUGGCCGGCUGGAAGUCUGUCCUUCUACAGAGUUCUCUCCAGCAAUCGGGUUCACCUCCAUACCUUCAGAACGACGUUCAGUGAGCCCCUCUAUCCCGCUGUCGAACUUCGCACUCAUUCUUCUGCAUUAUUUUGUUAGCCACUGUGAUUAAGCUCUGACUUUGCUCAUGUGCAAACAAAGUGUGUAGGUUAGUGCUCUGUCAACACUAUUAAACUUUUCCCACUACGUUUGGGCCUCUUGUCUAAACAGCGUUUUACGUGUGUCUUAAACUGAGAUUUUUUACAAAUGCCUUCCAAAGUACAGAUUUUCCAAAAUGGUUGGGGCAUGCUCAUUGUUGGUUUGUUUGUGUCAUAGGUUUAAUUACAAGUUAGCAGCUAUAUUUAGCAUCACGGCACCACAUUACCAUUGAUUCACAGGCAUCUGCCUCGCUCAAUGUUACUCUGAUCACAGCUUUCUUAUCUAGUUUCUGACAGAUCGUCAAAAUUGUACUUAGUUGAUUCUUGUUGUUGUGGUUUUGUACCCUCAUGGGUGAAUCCACUUAUUGUAAGUCACUCUGGCUAAAAGCUUCAGCUAAAUGUAAUGUAAUGUAAAGAGCAUUAAUGUCGACCUGAUCGCCACCUACUGGCCCAGAGGCUUGUUUGAGCAUUUGUAUUGUAAGUAUACUGAUAUUUGCAAAUUAGUGGGGUGAGGAUUCUGUAUAACUACUGAAAUGUGUAUCUUGUUUCUGUUUUGUAUUUUAUAACCUGUAGUUAUAUAAUAUCUUAUUCUUAAAAAGCCACAUUUUUUUUACUUCUCGUGGUUUAUAUGGACUAUGUAUUUUUCUUUGUACUGCGAGUGGCUUUAAUUGUGCAGUUUGUAUCAUUUUAGUGAAGAAGGUUUAAUAAACAUUCAAUAU